AUGACGAACCUCCGGAGUUUGGCACAAGCCUUACGCAUCCCUCCGUACGUUUACUAUGUGAUCAUUGCCUCCUUCGGCGGCUUCAUCUUCGGCUUUGACACCGGUUCAAUUGGCUCUAUCACCGUGAUGGACCAGUUCAUCGACGUCGUCGGUCACUUGAACUCCCGUAUCGAAGGCUUGCUCGUUUCCAUCAUCCUCAUCCCCGCCGCCAUUGUUUCCUCUGGGGCAGGGUCAAUCGCCGACCGCAUCUCCCGAACCUACGCGACCGCCCUGGGUUGUGUCAUCUACGGCGCGGGCUCUCUCAUCGCACUCACCGCCGGGCUCGGCCACUCGUCCUCCAAGGCUGCGCUCGCGCAAGUCUUCAUGGGUCGAGUCAUUUCCGGGGCCGGCGAGGGCGUCUUCCUGAGCGCUGUCUCCGUCUACGGGAUCGAGGUCGCGCCCGCACGGUUGCGCGGGCGCAUCGGGUCCAUUCUCCAGGUCCAGAUCACUCUCGGAAUCAUGCUCGGGUACUUCACCUGCUUCGGCUCCUCGUCCAUCGCGGGGUCGCUCGCGUGGCGCACGCCGUGGGUCCUCCAGACCGUGGUCUGCUUCGCGCUCGCUGCCGCGCUGCCGUUCGUCCCGCACUCUCCGCGCUGGCUUGUGCACGAGAAGCGGUUCACGGAGGCGCGCGCGGCGUUGAAGCGCCUAGGGCUCGAUGAGACCGAGGUGCCGUUCCACGAGCCUGAGGAGGAGAAUGCUGUGGAAGAAGACGCGAACGCGUCGAAGGGCCCGCGGAAGAGCCUCGAACGGAUGAAGGCGUCGUUCGCAUCGGACGUCCGCGGCCGCAUGCUACUCGCGCUCUUCAUGUCCGGCGUCCAGCAGCUGAGUGGGAUCGACGGCGUCCUGUUCUACGCGCCCACGCUCUUCAGGCAGGCCGGGCUUUCGUCCAAAAGCGCAACAUUCCUCGCGAGUGGCAUCACCGGAGUUGUCAACUUUGUCUUCACUGUCAUAGGGCAGUUCGUGAUUUCUGACAAGUGGGGACGUCGUCCCGCGCUCAUCUUUGGUGGAAUGGUGAUGGCGACGGCGAUGACCGUCAUGGGCGCGCUCUACUCGCAGCCGAACCUGUCCGCGGCUGGCAAGUGGGCCGCCAUCGCGCUCAUCUACGUCUACUUCAUCGCCUUCAUCCUCACCUGGGCGAUCCUCAUCCGCGUCUGGGUCUCCGAGUCGCAGCCGGUCAAGACACGCGCGUCGGUGUCGUCCCUGGCGCUGACGACGAACUGGAUCUGCAACUUUGUGAUCACGUUCUCGACGCCGAUCUUCCUGAACGCGUCUCCGAGUGGGCCGUAUUGGAUGUGGGCGGGGUGGAUCUGGGUCGCCGUCGCCAUCUUCGCGCUGUGGUUACCGGAGACCCGGGGGAGGAGCAUCGACGGGGAGGGCCAGGAGCUCGGCCUGGAGAACAAGCUUGACUGGGUCAAGGCGCAGUAUCAGACACUCUCCAAGAGGAAAACUAGCAUGACGAUGAUCGAAAUGGAAGGCGGACGGGUGAAGGAAACCAAGAAAGCGUAG